GCGCUCAGAGCGACAGCUCACCUUGAUUCUCUUCUCUACAACAUAGUCAAAGCCUUUCCUCUCCGUUGGCUCAAUCAAUACUCUGGUGCAAUGUUUGGGAAGCUAUUUCACCUAGGCAUAGAUGCCCUCCUGAUCAGCGCCUUCCUUGCUGGCAUAAAGCGUUCAACUGGUCUCACGCCUGCGUUAGCUCAAGUUCCAAAUAAAGAUGUUCGUCAGAUGCUCCGGUCAUACCUCGAAUUCGGGGAGUAUGCAUUCGACUUCGCAACUGUCAUAUUUGGGAGAUCUGGCUCUUUUGAAAGAAGAAAUUAACAGUCUUUUCUGACCUAAUACUCACAUUCUCUCGAAUAGUUUACACUCGUCUUUGUGCAUUUUGUAGGAAUAGCAAUUGACAUGGCAUUCAUCUAG